UGAAAAAAGAAAAAUUAAAAAAAAAUUGUGCACACUCUCUCCCUCUCGUUACAAAAUGGAACCGAGUGACAAUACCUUUCAAUACCACCACAACCCUCUGAGCUCCACCUCAUACUUCUCCACCACCACCACCACCGCCACCACGAACGCCACCGCCGUUGCUCACUCACCCACCAAUGGCAUGCUUCAACCUAACCAAGACAUCAGCGGCGCCGGCCAAUCUCACAUGCUCUUCCCUCACUCCGUGCCAUCGGCGGUGGCGUCGCCGCUGGAACCGGCCAGAAGGAAGAGAGGCAGGCCCAGGAAGUACUUCACGCCCGAGCAGGCUCUGGCCGCCAAGAAAACUGCGUCUUCUUCCAAUUCCGCUGCCUCCAGAGAGAAGCAGCGAGAGCACGCUGGUGGCGGCGCUGCUUCUUCUCCUUCUUAUCCAGGAUCUUUCAAGAAGUCCCAGAAUGUUUCUCUUGGUAAUUCAGGGCAGAAUUUUACUCCACAUGUUAUUACUGUAGCUGCAGGCGAGGAUGUGGCCCAGAAAAUUAUGCUCUUCAUGCAGCAAAGUCAGCGUGAAGUAUGUAUAUUGUCUGCGUCAGGCUCAGUAUCCAAUGCUUCUCUCUGCCAGCCAGCAGCAUCCGGAGGCAAUGUCACAUAUGAGGGUCGAUUUGAGAUCAUCUCGCUUUGUGGAUCUUAUGUACGUACGGAACUUGGGGGUAGGACUGGUGGGCUCAGCAUUUGCCUAGCUAAUGCCGAUGGUCAGAUCGUCGGAGGGGGAGUUGGUGGACCCUUGAAGGCAGGAGGCCCAGUACAGGUUAUUGUUGGUACAUUUGUGAUCGACUCCAAAACGGAUGUUAGCGGUAGUGCUAAAGGUGAUGCUUCUAGUAGCCAGUUGCCAUCACAAGUUCUUGGGCCAUCAAUUACCGGUGGCGGUUUCUCUCCAGUUGUUGACUCUUCUGGGAGAAACUUCCCCAGGGGAAAUGACAAUCAUCAAAGUAUUCAAGGUCCCUUUAUGAUUCAAUCAGGUGGUUUGCAUGGGAUGUUGCCGUUUGCGCCAAGAUCCGAUCGUGGAGCACCUCAAUCGCCAGCAAACGGGGACUACGACCAAAUUCCAGAUUAGAUAUUGAUUUUGGUUUGUGAGAACUCUUGAAAUCCCAGAUUGAGCAAAUAGAUAUAUACUUCUCACCCCAUGCUUGCACUUUGUUAUAUCUGUACAGAUCCUCUUUUUCUGUUAACCCAAUGUUGAAAGCCUGCAUAAUAAAUGAUGUACUUUUUUUUUUGUUGGUCAAAAACUGUAUACUGAUUUGUUUUUUGUUUACUGGAGCUAGAAAGUCCCAGAAUAAUUUACUUUCUUCUUUU